CUCCAAUCGAGCAUAUAAGAUAUAUAUAUCCCUUGAUUCUCUGUCUUUAAUUCAGAACUCCUCAAAUGGCAAGGGAAGUAGAGCCUCUCAUGGUUGGGAGAGUCAUAGGAGAUGUUAUGGAUUCUUUCAUCCCAAGUAUUAAAAUGUCGGUCACUUUCAACAACAAACAAGUCUUCAAUGGGCAUGAGUUUUAUCCAUCAACUGUUGUCACCAAACCUAGGGUAGAGGUUGUAGGAGGUGACAUGAGAACUUUCUUCACUCUGGUCAUGACGGACCCGGAUGUUCCUGGACCUAGUGAUCCUUACUUAAGGGAGCACCUUCACUGGAUUGUGACAGACAUCCCUGGCACCACAGAUGCCACAUUCGGAAGGGAAGUGGUGAGCUAUGAAAACCCAAAGCCAAAUAUAGGGAUCCACAGGUUUGUGUUCGUUCUUUUCAAGCAGAAACGUCGACAGAUAAUCAAGUCACCUUGUUCAAGGGAUAACUUCAACACUCGACGUUUCGCUUUUGAGAACGAUCUUGGCCUUCCUGUUGCUGCUGUGUAUUUCAAUGCUCAAAGAGAAACAGCUGCAAGAAGACGUUGAUUAACCUGCACAAAAGUAUAUCUGUGAUGGGGUGGUCUUGAUCAACUAAUAUUUGUGUGGUUUUUCUAUUCAGUAUAAAGAUAUAUAUGUAUAUAGGCUUGUUCUCUAUUAAAAAUAAAACUUUGUGCAGAGAUCCAUCCUCCUCCAAACUCUGCCAUUGGUUUGAUUUCAAUUAAGAAUUGUUGAAGUUGAAGCUGAAAUGUUUUUCAGUACUUAAAUCUGAAAAAGUGCAACUUUUGAAUUA